UUGGGUGGUGGUGGUUUUUGUUGUUGUUGUUGAUGUUUGGUGUGGUUUUGCUUUUUUUGGUUUUGUUUGUUUGUGAUUUUUGAUUUUGUGCUUUGUUGGGGUUUUUUGUUUGGUUUUUUGUGGUUUUUUUGCAUCGGAGGUCUCUGCAGGCAAACCUGUAAAAUCUGUGAAUCUGCUGGAGGACACAGAAAGCAGUGUAACACCAAGCGAAAUGUGUGCGCAUUCAUGUUCCAUCCUGGAUGUAAAGGAACUGGCUGAAUGAACACGUCGGGGAGGAAAUGAGAUCUGACUCCUCAGUUUUCUUCUCCUGCCACUCCUGUGAACAGCCCACGCACUUCUCCGGCACCACCCUCUCUUCUACAGGGGCUUUGCGACCCACCCUGGUUUGCUCAGAUGCCAGCUUAAUUUUAUGGUGUUGCUGCAAAAAAAGUGCCUCCUGUGCUGAAAAUGGGAUCUUCCACUAUUUAGCAAAGCUUUCCUGAAUGACUCAUCACAACCGGCUGGUAUUGGCUGGGCUGGUGAGCACCCAAGGGAUUGCCUGGCAGAGGCUUCAUUCACAGAAGUGUGAGGAUGCUAGCCAGCCCUUUCAUUCACACACACAGAAAUUUCAUUCACAUUUUGCAGUUUCGCUAGCCGCUUCUAAUCAAGAGAGCCAUUUGGGAGAAAUAGGGUUUUCUUGGCAGUAGAAACAUGUAAAAAUACGCUGUGGUGUGUAUAUUUGCUGUUGCUAUGCUAGGAGGAUGAAAAGAGAAAUGAAUGCUGUGUGGAUGCUGUGUCAGGUUUGCAGUGUACUGAUGGAAGGCUAUUCUGCACAUCACUACAAACCUGCUUUUACACUGAUUAGGACAUUGCCAUUGCUCAUCACUGCUGGAUAAAAGGAUGUCAGUUUGCUGCUACCUUGAGUUCUGAAUACUGUAGGAUUUUUUCAGUUUUUCAGAAUUAAACCAAACCUACGAGUGAAUUGAAGGUCCUCCUCAUGUUUUUCUUCAGCAUGAAUAUUGUGAUGAAAGAAAAAAAGAAUUGCUACAGGAAGUGAUUUGCAGUGUUCACUGAGCCUUUUGUUGAAGAGGAUCCUUCUCAUUUGUGUGAGUCAUGCUUUUGCUGUGAGCGAGUUGGCAGCUCUAAGUAGGACUGGGAUCUCUGUCACAGAAAACUGUUAUUUCACCCAGCCUUAACAGGGAACCAUAAGAAAUUUAUUUAGAAAAAUAUUUUUUUGCUCUUCCUUAUACUCGUUGCUUUUUUACCCCCAAAUCCUGUUAUCCAUCCAUGUUGUUAUGCAUCAUCUGCUAUGUUAGCACAGGCAUCUCCUCCAUUGGCAUCAGAUUUGCCAGAACAUAUGCAGGAAACCAGAUAGAAGGGCAUGCUUCAACGUACCAAGUAUAACCGCUUCAGGAAUGAUUCGGUGACAUCAGUUGAUGAUCUUCUUCACAAUUUGUCCAUGAACAGCAAAGUCUCAUCAGUUACUACGACUUCAACAGCAUCUUCGUACUUGGUAUCACCAGAGGUUCUUCACAAGGACGAAGAGGAUGGACCCACCACCCUGUGUACCCUCAUCCAUAAAGUGUCCCACUUGAAACUCUCUAACACAGGCAGCCUUUUGGGUAUCAAAAACCUCUCAUCUGCAGUAAAGGAGCUUGCUGUCUCUAAGUUGCAGGGAAGCUCAAGUGCUUCCAGCUCAGCAGCUGGGGCUUCAGAGAAUACAUGUAACCUUGUCUCUGCCACUUCGUGUUCUCAGCAGGACGUGAGCAAGAUGAGUAUGGGGAAAAAAUCACGGUCAGAGGAAAUGCACCUGGGAUGUGAAGACUGUAAUCAACGUAGCAGCUUUGUCAAUAAACCCUCUCGAGGAUGGCUGCACUUGAAUGAGAAGAUCCUGGGUCCUGGUGUGACGUACAUCGUGAAGUACUUGGGGUGUAUAGAAGUCUUACGCUCAAUGAGAUCUCUGGACUUCAAUACUAGAACACAGAUUGCCAGGGAAGCAAUCAGUCGUGUUUGUGAAGCUGUGCCUGGUGCCAAAGGAGCCUUCAAGAAACGAAAGCCACCAAGCAAAGUUCUUUCUAGCAUCUUGGGAAAGAGCAAUCUUCAGUUUGCAGGAAUGAGCAUAAUGCUGAAUAUCUCCACCACCAGCUUAAACCUAAUGACUCCUGAUACAAAACAGAUCAUAGCAAAUCACCAUAUGCAAUCAAUUUCCUUUGCAUCUGGAGGGGAUCAGGAUACAGCUGACUAUGUUGCAUAUGUAGCUAAGGAUCCUGUUAAUCGGAGAGCUUGUCAUAUACUGGAAUGCUGUGAUGGCCUGGCCCAGGAUGUCAUCAAUGCCAUAGGACAAGCAUUCGAGCUUCGAUUUAAACAAUAUUUGCAAUGCCCCUCUAAGAUACCUGCUUUCCAUGAUAGGUUGCAGAGUUUUGGUGAGCCGUGGAUGGAGGAAGACAACGAGGCAACAGAACAUCCCUAUUACAAAAACAUCCCAAAUAAAACGCCACCCCCUGGUGACUUCAUUGAUGCCAGACUCAAAGCAAGACUUCUUACCACCACAGAUACAGCUCAGUCUGCAGCAGGAGUGGGAGGAGAGCAAAUCUAUUACCAGAGUCAUCACUUAGGAGCCAAACUCUGUGAAGACUGGCAUCAUGGGUCCGUUAAAGAAGGAUCUCUGGAUAUUUGUAGUAUGCUGGAAGGGAAAUCACAAGUAACUCCAACAGCAGAGAUGCCAACAUAUGUAAACACCCAGCAUAUAAAUAUGGCAGCUCUACUGGCACUUCAGGCAGAUGCUGAAUGUACCUUCAGUGGAACAGCAGAUGAUACCAAAGAGAGCAGCCCAGGAACAGAUCUGUUUGACAUGAAACCAUUUGAAGAUGCUCUCAAGAACCAGCCAUCUGAGGUUGCAUUGAGGAAAUCCACCUCCAUGGGAUGCAGCAGUCCUCUUUUAUCCAGAGGAGCUGACUGGACUGUAGCUGAAGAGCUAAGUACAGAGCCAUGGUAUCAAGGAGAGAUGAGCAGGAAAGAUGCAGAACAGCUGUUAAAGAAAUGCGGAGACUUCUUGGUGAGGAAGAGUACCACAAAUCCUGGCUCCUAUGUGCUGACAGGCCUGCAUAAUGGACAGGCCAAGCAUCUUCUUCUGGUGGAUCCAGAAGGAACUGUUCGUACAAAAGAUCGUGUCUUUGACAGCAUAAGUCAUCUCAUCAAUCAUCAUCUUGAGAAUAACUUACCUAUAGUUUCUUCCGGAAGUGAACUCUGCCUGCAGCAGCCUGCUGAGAGGAAACACUGACUCCAGACAAUUAUUUUAGUUUUUGUAACCUGCAAGCUAUAACUGGUAGA